CUAAAGUUUCUCCUCGCAACUCCGACUGAGAUUUUCGACGGCGGUCCCUUUCCUUGUCGGAGCCGGCACGUGGCGCACAGCGUAGACCCCCCUCCGUCUGCAGAUAAUACACAGAUCCACUCCCAGUGCUAGAGCACAGACGAGCAACGCAUGCGUAUCUCGAGCCGUGCACAGACACACACAGCAUGGGGCAGUCGUCGUGCUUGAUGGAGCUGGUCCCAGCUUGACGUCUGGCCGCUUGAGCGUCGCACUCGGUUCACUGCUGCACCGAGAUCGUGCCGAUUGCAAGCUGAUUAUAUUUGUAUUAUUAUUGAUGUUGUUGAUGCGAUUAGUAUUUUAAUUAUGAUGGACACAAAUCAACAUCCGCUCUCCGAAUUUUUUCGCGAUCACAUUUUUUUUAUUUUGAAAAAAAUAAAUAAUAAUCAUCGGCUUUCGGAUUUUACUAAGUUGUAAAGAAUGCUGAUCGGAUAAUCAUCUUAUAUGCACUAAAUGUGUGUGUGUGUCAGAGUGUUUACCUCUCGAAUCCAUUCGGAAGGUCAUUUCACUUGACAUUGUCGCUCAUAGCGGUCAAAGCGCACCGCGCUACGAAGCUUGCGACCCGAGUUCGAUUCCCGUUCACGGCCACCAACACCGCUGACGAUUAUAUGAACCGGUCCUGGGCCUCCCCCUAAGUCGACUCAGCCUCAAAUGAGUAGCCGGAACGGUAGUGUGUAAAACAUCGCUACUCGGGAGACAAAGGCGGCCGGGCGUGGUGCUGGUCACCCACCCACCCCCUCGUGUGCCGUACCGGCCUUCAUAGGUGCUACUCGCUAACAGCACUUGCCCCAACAGUCUGUUAAGGCUACACGGGGGAUCUUUGUAUUUGUGCAAUACCCACUGGGGCAAUACGGCCUUGGCAGCGGCAUCCUUUGUAACACCGCUUCCAACGCUAUGUGAUACAUCUACAGAACGUAACCACACUAUAAUUAGACUUUUCCAGACCUUCCCAUUUGGCAAACGUCCAACACUUAAUUGUAAUUAGGCUUCCACCAUCGCUCAGUAGAAGAUUGACGAAGUGGGCGUGGUGGCUCUGCGGAGUGUGUGAGUGUGUAUAUCACACACACACACUACACCCACGACACACACACUACACACACCACACACACACGACACACAGGAGAAUCGAGUCACCGAUCAGCCCGUGCGCACCGCAGAUCAACCUCGGCGAAGGGCAUCUGUGGGUCUAAAACAUCUGCAACUCAAAGCGCAUCGCCACUCAUCAAUCAAUCAACCCCACCGCGCUCCAACAUGUGGGACAUUCUCAACAACAACUCCUUCACAACCACCACCACAACAACCACCACCAUCAACAACAACUUCUGGUCACCCGCUCACGACCUCACCACCCUCCUCAACUGGUCGAGCACCGCAACUCCGGACGCUUCAUCAACCUCCUCAUCAUCAUCCUCAUCGACGCCAUCCUCCUCCGACGCCGUCGCCACGGCGGUGAUGGCCACGGUGCUGUCGCUGCUCUGCGUCCUCGGCGUGAGCGGCAACGUCUACACCCUCCUCGUGCUGCGUCUCCUCUCGCGUCGCCGCAGCAGCCGCCGCGCCUCGGGCUGCCGCGGCGGAGUGGGGUCCUCCGGCACCACCGCGGACUCUGUCUACUGCUUCGUGCUCAACCUGGCGCUCGCCGACCUCGCCUACCUCUGCACGGUCCCCUUCGUGGUGUGCACCAACGUGGCGCGCACCUGGUUCUUCGGCGACGCGGGCUGCCGCCUCCUCUUCGGCGUCGACCUCGUCACCAUGCACGCCAUCAUCUUCCUGCUCACGGCGAUGAGCGCAGAGCGCUACGCGGCGGUCGCGCGGCCCCUCCGCCACUACACGGGGGGCCGCUGCAACGCGGCGUCGUCUCGACGCGGCUGGGCCGUGGCGCUCUUCGUCUGGGUCCUGUCGCUGGCCGCUGCCGCGCCCAACAUGGUGAUGGUCAACCUCGGCGAGCUGAGACUGCGCGGCGGCGGCAUGGCGCGCAUCUGCGUGCCCAGCUGGAGCCCCGGCGCGUUCCGCUGCUACAUCACCGUGCUGUUCGUGACGAGCGUCGUGGCGCCGGGACUCAUCAUCGGCUGCCUCUACGUGCGACUCGCCGUCAAGUACUGGCGCUCGCAGACCGCCACCGCCGUGGCCUCCACGCGCUCCCCGAGGGUCAAGGUGCUCUACAUGAUCCUCGCCAUCGUGGUGGUCUUCUGGGCCUGCUUCCUGCCUUUCUGGGCCUGGCAGCUGGCCAACCUCUACUUCCGAGACCGCCUGGGCAUCUCGCGGAAGGCCGUCUCGUACAUCAACCACGCGGUCACGUGCCUCACGUACGGCAACAGCUGCGUGAACCCGUUCCUCUACACGCUGCUCACCAAGAAGUACAAGGAGUACCUGGCUCGCAGGAGGACGCCGCGUGGUGCUGCCGGCGCGGGCAGGGCGCUCGGAGGCUCCAGGGGCUCCACCUCGUCGCACGACGCGCCCUGCAGGAACGUGCGCAUCUCCUCGCGGCGCUCUACGAUGACGAGCGCUUAGAGGAUCUCGGCUUGAGAGAGGGGGGCAUCUCGAGCGACAGAGAGAGAGAGACAUUUGGAGCGACAGAGAGAGAGAUUUGGCGACAGAGAGAGAGACAUUUGAAGCGACAGAGAGAGACAUUUGAAGCGACAGAGAGAGACAUUUGGAGCGACAGAGAGAGACAUUUGGAGCGACAGAGAGAGAGACAUUUGAAGCGACAGAGAGAGACAUCUGGAGCCAGAGAGGAAGGGAGACAUCGCGAGCCAGAGGAUUUCUCAAGUCGGAAGACGCGGUGAGGUCAGAGGACACAUGAAUGCAGGUCAUGUCGAGUCAGCGGAUCGAAUGAAUGUCAGCACCACGGUGGUGAGAUGUUAACUACCUCGCCUGGUAUACAGGAGGUCGUGGGUUCGAUCCCGACCCUGACGCCUCCUGCUGUAUAUUUGGAGUUUGCAUGUUCUCCCCGUGGUAGCGUGGAUUUUUCUCCGGAUCCUCCGGUUUUCCCUCCACAUUUAGAAUAAACACGCGUUUAGAGGAUUUGCUUGCGAUAAAUUUGCACAUGUUAGGCCACUGAGUUGAGCUAUCAUUUGUGGCCAGGUCGCUUCUGAAAAAACAGGUACACAGCUUAGUGGACCUUACACCUGGUGAAAUAAAAACACAUCGUUGUAGUUUAUUGUUUUAUCUCAAAGGUCAGAGGACAUCCGAAGCUUGCGUGACAUCUCAAUGACGCGUGCUUACAUGACCUAAUGCCGAGAGACACGUCUCGAGCGCGAAGAUUUCUAAAUCCAGAGAAAUAAAGCGUCACGGUGGCCAGCGGCAGUUUUUGCUUUUAGUGCUUAGUCCGUUGCUCUCUCCCGCACCUCCGUUGAGCACGGUCAGAUACGUACGGCGCGAAAGAAGUUCAACGUACAAACACUGCUCAAGAUUGACAACCGUUAUAUUCAUCACCAGCAGCACGUCUUAUCAACACCACCACCACCAUUAUCAUCACGAAAUGACAUUGUAUCAAUGCCGUCGUUGCGCUCAAGUUAAUACUACUAAUAAUAGUAACGAUGCUAUGUUUUUUUUUACGCGAACAAUAUUUCACGGACAUCGCAAACGAUCGGCAGCUUCGAGGCGCCGAGCAGCGUUCCGUGUGUCUCGAACGCCAGGCGAGAGAGAGGGGGAGGGAGAAGAGUGGGAAGAUGAUGGGUCAGGAUGUGUUAGGACGCAUUCGUCAAAAUAGGAAAGCCUCACAGAGUCUCGUGUUUGGGAGGAGGCGGAGGAGGGUGCUGUCAAGUUUUCGCUGUAGAGGGAAGUUAAAGAUGAUUGUUGCUGCUGCUGCAGCUGUGUGUUUCAAUAUUUCAGUUUCAUUUAUUUGGAAUAACCCUGUGAGCCAUUCGGCUCUUGAUUCGGGUGCAACCGCAACAAAGAAUAAAAUUACAAGAUACAUUUAAAAUAUGUGAUCCCAAACCCCGAGUGCAUUUGCGGUGAAUAUUUAGCUUUGUUUAAAUUUGGGCGAAUGUACUGACUCGUGUCGUGUCAUCGUCUAUGCGUUCGGUGUUAAAUGUGGUUGUGGUUAUUGUUGUGUGUGUGGAGAGAGAGAUAGGGAUGUUGACGGGUUUUAUAAGAGGCGACUGUGUUAGUGGUUUAUGUUGAGUCAACGCUUUCAAAAUCUGACUGUGUCCAUCAUCAUCAACAUAUUCAUUAUCAACAUUAUUACCAACAUAUUAAUAAUCGAAUUCAAAAUCAUCAACAUAUACAUUAUCUAAAUCAACAUAAUCAUCAUCAUCAACAUAUUAAUUAUCUAAAUCGAUAUCAUCAUCAACACAUUCAUUAUCUAAAUCAACAUCAUCAACACAUCCAUUAUCCACAUCAUCAUCAGCAUAUUGAUUGUCUACAUCAACAUCAAUGUUAUGAUCAACAUCAUCAACACAUCCAUUAUCCACAUCAUCAUCAACAUAUUGAUUGUCUACAUCAACAUCGAUGUUAUCAUCAACAUCAUCAACACAUCCAUUAUCCACAUCAUCAUCAACAUAUUUAUUGUCAACAUCCAUGUUAUCAUCAACAUCAUCAACAUAUUCAUUCAUCAAUAUCGUCUACAUCAACAUUAAUCAUUGGUACAGUAAUGCCGCCCGUCCACAUCAUCAACAUCAACACCAAUCGCUGUUGUAGCAACAUCGUUAAUGUGUUCUCAUCCACGAUAUCACAACAAGACCGGUGUGUUGACAUCACAUCCAACAUCAUCAUCGUCGUCAAAAAUCACUCUUACGGCAUUCCCGUUACGGCGCUAAGACAUCAACAUCAUCACCAACAUCACCAUCAUCCUUAACAUCAUCAACAUCAUCAAAAUCAUCAUGGUCAGCUCAUUUCUUUAGAACUGCUUUUUGUGUUUAUUUUUAUGUCGUUCACCAGCACCUCCGAUUAGCACGGUUGGCUACGUACGGCGCGAAAGAAGUUCCACAUACGUACCAGCAAUCACUUCUACGGCAGUCCAGAUUAAGUGUCAAGCCGUCAUCAUUGUUCUGUAUUCUCAUGCUCAGGAGGGCCAUCAUCAGCAUCGCUGCGUGUCCGGGACGUCUGUGGCAUCUGUAAAAAAAUAGAGCUUCAUAGCUCAUCGGAUUCCUCCAGUAUAAAUAAACAUUCUGAUUCUGAACGUUCGUUACAACGUGAGCCCCAAAGUGUCCGCGUGUCUCUGUCCCCCGCCGAAGAUUCGCGACUCGGCACCACGACCCCUGGGAUAGCCACGACUCUGAUCACGCACGGAUCCCGCACGCGCCUUUGUCUUCCUCGAUCGAUACAAGCCACGUGUGCGCUUUCUGGCUCUUCGGGUUUGAAGCGGCGUGUUGUUCGGCAUGAUGUCCGACGUUUCGCUCGAUUUUUUUCGGUGCAACUGUUUGAGCAGAAUUUAGUUUAUUUUCGUUAUUAUCGCCGUUGCACGAGCGCACAGAUCCAGUGAUCCAAACCGCCAAGCCGGCUCGCGACACACACGUGUGGUGUGUGUGUGUUGUGUGUGUUGUGUUGCGUGUUUGUGUUGCGUGUGCUGUGUAUGUGUUGUGUGUGUUAUGUGUGUUGUAUGUGUUAUGUGUGUUGUGUGUGUUGUGUGUGUGUGUUUCGUGUCUUGUGUGUGUUGUGUGUGUUGUGUGUGUGUGUUGUGUGUGUGUUUGUUGUGUGUGUUGUGUGUGUUGUGUGUGUGUUGUGUGUGUGUUAUGUGUGUUGUGUGUGUGU